CGUCAUUGAAGAGAGACCAUGAUGGCGGCGGCGGCCGCGGCGGCGGGGGGUGCCCCCGAGGUGAUCGCCCAGCUGGAGAACGCGGCCAAAGUGCUCAUGGCACCACCUUCCAUGGUCAAUAAUGAACAACGCCAACAUGCUGAGCACAUAUUCUUAUCAUUUAGAAAAUCAAAAUCACCAUUUGCUGUUUGCAAACAUAUUUUGGAAACUAGUAAAGUAGACUAUGUCCUUUUUCAAGCUGCUACAGCGAUAAUGGAAGCAGUUGUAAGAGAAUGGAUUCUCUUGGAAAAAACUAGCAUCGAGUCACUGCGAACAUUCCUUCUAACCUAUGUCUUACAAAGGCCUAACCUUCAAAAGUACGUUCGGGAGCAGAUUUUAUUAGCAGUAGCGGUGAUAGUGAAACGGGGAUCAUUAGACAAAUCAAUCGACUGCAAAAGCAUUUUUCACGAAGUCAGCCAGUUGAUCAGCAGUGGUAACCCCACUGUGCAAACUUUGGCCUGUUCCAUUCUAACGGCGUUGUUGAGCGAGUUCUCAAGUUCAAGUAAAACCAGCAACAUUGGACUAAGCAUGGAGUUCCAUGGUAACUGUAAACGUAUAUUUCAGGAGGACGAUCUGCGGCAGAUCUUCAUGCUCACGGUAGAGGUACUUCAGGAAUUCAGCAGACGUGAAAACCUCAAUGCUCAGAUGUCUUCAGUGUUUCAGCGUUAUCUUGCACUAGCCAAUCAGGUCUUAAGCUGGAACUUCCUUCCUCCAAAUUUGGGCAGACAUUAUAUAGCUAUGUUUGAAUCCUCACAAAAUGUGAUGCUAAAGCCAACAGAAUCCUGGCGCGAGACUCUCCUGGACAGCAGAGUUAUGGAGCUUUUCUUUACAGUACAUCGAAAAAUCAGAGAAGAUACAGAUAUGGCCCAAGAUUCAUUACAGUGCCUGGCACAGCUGGCGUCUUUGCACGGGCCAGUCUUUCCUGAUGAAGGUUCACAAGUUGAUUACCUGGCACACUUCAUUGAGGGAUUACUGAAUACUAUCAAUGGAAUUGAAAUAGAAGACUCUGAAGCAGUGGGAAUUUCCAGUAUUAUCAGCAACUUGAUAACUGUAUUUCCUCGCAAUAUUUUAACGGCCAUUCCAAAUGAACUUUUCUCUUCAUUUGUUAACUGCCUCGCACACCUCACCUGUUCCUUUGGAAGAAGUGCUGCCUUGGAAGAAGUGCUUGACAAAGAUGACAUGGUGUAUAUGGAGGCAUAUGAUAAGUUGCUGGAAUCUUGGCUUACUUUGGUACAAGAUGACAAACAUUUCCAUAAAGGUUUCUUUACCCAACAUGCUGUUCAAGUCUUUAAUUCCUACAUUCAGUGCCAUCUAGCUGCUCCUGAUGGCACAAGGAAUUUGACUGCCAAUGGUGUGGCCUCUCGGGAAGAAGAAGAAAUAAGUGAGCUGCAGGAAGAUGACAGAGACCAGUUCUGUGACCAGUUGGCCAGUGUAGGCAUGCUGGGGAGAAUUGCUGCAGAACACUGUAUACCUCUUCUUACAAGUUUGUUAGAAGACCGAGUGACAAGGCUCCAUGGUCAGUUGCAAAGACAUCAGCAGCAGUUACUUGCCUCACCAGCAUCAGGUUCAAUUGACAAUAAAGUGCUUGAUGACCUGUAUGAGGAUAUUCAUUGGCUUAUUUUAGUCACAGGCUACCUCUUGGCUAAUGAUACUCAGGGAGAGACUCCGCUAAUACCUCCAGAAGUAAUGGAAUAUUCCAUUAAACAUUCAGCUGAGGUUGACAUCAAUACAACACUUCAGAUUCUGGGAUCUCCGGGAGAAAAGGCCUCUUCGAUCCCAGGGUACAACAGAACUGAUUCUGUAAUUAGGUUGUUGUCUGCUAUUUUAAGAGUAUCAGAAGUAGAAUCUAGAGCAAUAAGGGCAAAUCUCACGCACCUCCUGAGCCCCCAGAUGGGCAAAGAUAUUGUGUGGUUCCUCAAGCGCUGGGCAAAGACUUACCUCCUAGUAGAUGAAAAGUUGUAUGAUCAGAUAAGUCUGCCAUUUAGUACAGCAUUUGGUGCUGAUACAGAGGGUUCCCAGUGGAUUGUGGGUUACCUUUUAGAAAAAGUGAUCAGUAACCUGGCAGUGUGGAGUUCAGAGCAGGACCUUGCAAAUGAUACUGUACAACUGCUAGUAACAUUAGUGGAAAGGAGAGAGCGGGCAAACUUAGUCAUUCAGUGUGAAAACUGGUGGAAUUUAGCUAAACAGUUUGCAAGGCGAAGUCCUCCUCUUCACUAUUUGUCCAGUUCUGUGCAGAGAACACUAAUGAAAGCUUUAGUUUUAGGAGGUUUUGCUCAUAUGGAUACAGAAACAAAGCAACAAUACUGGACAGAGGUUCUUCAGCCACUUCAGCAGCGAUUCUUGAAUGUGAUAAACCAAGAAAACUUUCAGCAGAUCUGUCAGGAGGAAGAAGUGAAACAGGAAAUCACUGCGACAUUAGAAGCACUCUGUGGCAUUGCUGAGGCUACCCAGAUUGAUAACGUAGCAAUUCUCUUCAAUUUCCUAAUGGACUUCCUUAAUAAUUGCAUUGGAUUAAUGGAAGUAUACAAAAACACACCAGAGACUGUUAAUCUCAUAAUAGAAGUCUUUGUUGAAGUUGCACAUAAACAAAUUUGCUAUCUUGGAGAGGCCAAAGCCAUGAACUUGUAUGAGGCCUGCCUAACUCUGCUCCAGGUGUAUUCUAAGAAUAAUUUAGGUCGACAACGGAUAGAUGUUACAGCAGAAGAAGACCAGUACCAGGAUCUCCUUCUUAUUAUGGAGCUUCUCACUAAUCUUCUAUCAAAAGAAUUCAUAGAUUUCAGUGAUACAGACGAAGUAUUUAGAGGACAUGAGCCUGGGCAAGCUACAAAUAGAUCCAUAUCAGCAGCAGAUGUUGUCUUAUAUGGGGUUAAUCUAGUUCUACCUCUAAUGUCCCAAGAUCUGCUGAAGUUUCCAUCCCUGUGUAAUCAAUAUUACAAAUUAAUCACUUUUAUCUGUGAAAUAUUCCCUGAGAAAAUUCCACAACUUCCAGAAGACCUCUUUAAGAGCCUAAUGUACUCGCUGGAGUUAGGGAUGUCAUCAAUGAGCUCAGAGGUUUGCCAGCUCUGUCUGGAGGCUGUAACACCAUUAGCAGAACAGUGUGCAAAAGCACAAGAAACAGAUUCAACUCUUUUUCUAGCAACGAGGCACUUUCUUAAGAUGGUUUUUGAUAUGCUGGUACUUCAGAAGCACAAUACAGAAAUGACAACUGCAGCAGGUGAAGCAUUCUACACAUUAGUGUGUUUGCAUCAGGCUGAAUAUUCAGAGCUAGUUGAAACAUUGCUAUCAACUCAGCAAGAUCCAGUAAUUUACCAGCGGUUAGCAGAUGCCUUCAACAAACUUACUGCAAGCAGCACUCCUCCUACACUGGACCGUAAGCAGAAGAUGGCCUUCUUAAAGAGUUUAGAAGAAUUUAUGGCAAAUGUUGGUGGACUUCUUUGUGUAAAAUAAACAACAAAACUCUAUGCCUAAUUUAGACCCUUUCUGCGAAAUGCACUGAGAAAUGCUGAAUGCUGACUAAAUCUUGUACCUGUCUCUGGGUUCUUUGCAGCCAUCUCAGAUUCUAGAGAGCCUGGAAGUUUGAACAUAACACAAUGGAAUAGGAGAGGUCAACUUUGAAUCAGCUUCUGCUAUUAUGUGUUAGCUGCAAUCUGUCAUACUUGUGUGUGGGAGAGAAUGAACAGAAAAUUUGAAUUUAAUUUUUUUCCAUAUAUGUGCAAACAGAUAUGGGCACAACGAAAAAUAAAUGCAGUGCCUUUCCCCCUGCACUGGUUUAAAAUAUGAGUGGUCAUAUAAACAUACAGAUUUCUUUUCUACCCAAAAUCAUGUUAGAGUGUGAUGUAGAU